AAUUAAUCUAUACUAAUAAUAGGGUGUAUAAAUUUUACAACUUGGAGGCAGUGUCGUAUUCAUUGUGUUCUUUAUAAUAGACGUAUUAAGUUUAUGGUUGACUAACUCGACUUUAAAACCGCCGUAUUUAUACUUUUAAGUGAAUUUUGAAGCACGCUAGAAAAAUAUUGAAUAUACAGAUUAUAAUGGCUCGAAAAGACAACCGUCGGAAUAUAUGUAUGAUUUUAUGUUUUGUGACAGUAGUCAUUAUUGCAUUACUUGCUGUAGUUAUAUACCUUGCCGCCAGGGGGACUAACUGUCCAGAAAGUGAAAUGUCUUCGAUCUUAAAAGAAGAAUAUGGAGAGUUUAAAGGAGAACAGGUUUAUCAAUAUACACUACAAAACAAAAAUAAUGUAAAAGUACAGAUUAUCAAUUUUGGAGGAAUAAUUACCAAUAUUUUUGUUCCGGACAAAAAUGGUAAAAUAGCAGACAUAACUUUAGGAUACGAUAGUUUAGAAAGAUACACAACAUCUGGUCCGUAUUUUGGUGCUAUCAUAGGAAGAUAUGCAAACAGAAUAGCUAAUGGUAAAUUUGAGCUGGAUGGAAAGAAUUACACGUUAGAAGUGAAUAAUGGCCCAAAUGCACUACAUGGUGGGAAGUUUGGGUUUGAUAAGAAAGUAUGGGAGGCUUCAGAAGAUGAUGAUAUCUUAGCAUUAAAGUAUGUCAGUGCUGAGAUGGAGGAGGGUUAUCCUGGAGAAGUGACAGUCGUUGUAACCUACAUGCUGACGGAAGACAACGAACUUGUCAUCCAUUAUACCGCUAACACCACAAAGAAAACUGUCAUAAAUCUUACUAAUCAUGCAUACUUCAACUUGGCAGGUCAGGGCACUGGUGAUAUUUUGAAACAUACUGUAGAACUGAAUGCCGACAGAUACCUUCCCGUAAACGAUGUUUCUAUUCCAACAGGCGAUCCUGAGACAGUAGAGGGAACUAAAAUGGAUCUCAGAACUUCCAUAAAGUUAGAAACAGUGAUAAACGAUGUGCCAGGCAAUGUAGGAUAUGAUCAUUGCUACUGUUUUAAUGAUGCUGGCUGGAAGAAACUCAGAGCAAGAGUUUAUGAGGAGGUUAGUGGUAGGAAGUUAGAAGUAUACAGUACUGAGCCCGGUAUGCAGUUCUACACUGGUUUUUAUAUAGAUGAACCCGGUAAAGGAGGUGGACAUUAUCAUAAAUAUAACGGGUUUGCAUUAGAAGCACAACAUUAUCCAGAUAGUCCAAAUAAUAAAAAUUUCCCAUCAACAGUACUAUCACCAGGAGAAACCUAUUUACAGACCACAUCAUAUAAGUUUGGAUUAGUGUGAGGAGAAUAGAUCAAAUAAUCACAGAAAAUGACACAAAUGUUUUGAGCAUUACGACUCAGUAGCUGUCAGACCCAGAAAUGACUUAAACGCGUUAUUGAAUGCUUUAAAAAAAGAUGGGGAUUUACUAUGCAGUCUAUUUGAUGGGUUAUAUGACGCCUAUCUUUACUUGGUAACCCUUUACUUAUACUAAAAGUGUGGGUAUAAA